CUUCGAGUUCCCAAACCACCUCCACCUACGCUUAGAAUUCCUUAUUCUGACUCGACCACAUUCCGAAAACUCAGAGAGAGAGAGAGAGAGAGAGAGAGAGAGAGAGAGAGAGAGAGAGAGAUGGCGACAAGCUUCGCAACCGCUUCAACCGUCGUUGGCCUCGGCAGCUCGCUCUCAAAGAGGGCAUGCCUCUCUUCAGACUUUGUGAAGCCUGUCAUGGUUAGGAGCUCUCUGAGGCAAGCACAAGCUUCUAAAGGAAGGUUCACCUGCAUGAGCUUCCAGAGUGAUUGGUUGAGGAGGGAUUUGAAUGUGAUCGGAUUUGGGUUGAUCGGUUGGUUGGUGCCAUCGAGCGUUCCGGUGAUCGACGGCAAGAGUUUGACCGGGCUCUUCUUUGACAGCAUUGGAACCGAGCUCGCUCACUUCCCCACACCUCCAGCUCUCACUUCCCAGUUCUGGUUGUGGUUGGUCUGUUGGCACUUGGGGCUUUUCAUCACCCUUACCUUCGGGCAGAUUGGUUUCAAGGGAAGGACUGACAAGUACUUUUGAAUUCCAUCCUUCUUGAUUUGGUUAUGUAAAAUCUGUGUUUAAUGUCAAUUUUCUUUAUUUCUCCCAACUAUCUGCUCCACUUAAUAGCCAAACUUAUUAUUUCUUGC